CGCGCACAGGACAUCGUCUUACCAAAUCACACAGUUUCGCACAAAAAAUUACGUGAAAGUGUACAUUGUUUAUUUUUUCAUUUCAUUUUGAGUGUGAGUGAGUUUAUUUUUAAAUGACUUUGGUUAUUUCGUUUGUGAGUUAUUAAAAUGUGGGAUUAUUAUUACGGUUAUUAUUUUAUUGAUGUAGUUAAUGGAUUUUUGUGACAUAUGUAUUUAUAAAAUAAUUUCUACAAUAUUAAAAUAAUAAUUUUGAGACAAAUUUUUCAAAUUAAAUAAACAUGGAAGUGGAAACGAAAAGAAACUCCGAAUACGAACAAAUUAAUCAACUUUACGACGAGUGUUUGAACUAUUUGAAAGAAAACAAACAUUUUGUAGAACAACAUAGAGCUUCAAUAGAAGACCCGGACUAUGAGACUAUAAGAGACCAAAAAGAAGACCGUCAAGAAGACCGUCAUGAAGAGAACGAACAUAACGAAAUCGGCGAAGCAAAAACAGUCUUUAAACUAGAGAAUGAAAAAUCUAUGGAGAGUCUGAACUCCGUGAUCUCAGAACCACGAUCAGAGAGGCUUCGAAAACUAUCAAAACAACUACCUAAGAUCAUUAUAACUCAGAGCACAACAAGUUUAGACUUGAAAAAAGAUGAAAUUAAGAAGCCUUUACGAGGUGAGAUGUCUAAAAGUGAUCGAGUUUUACCUAAAAUUGAUAGACAUUUGCCCAGACCGGAUUACAGUAUGCCUGUAAUAAAUCAUCAUCAUCAGAAUGUAUUGAAUUUCGACAGCAGUUUGAAAGAGCGCGAUAGUAUGUCGAGUAUGGAUAGGAAGAUGCCGAAAUCUAUGAAACCUUACAAUCAUGUUUCUAGUGAAAAGAAAAAGGUGCCGCCUAACAGUGAUUUCAGACAUCCCCAGCGCACGCGGCCAGGGUACGGAGACCAUCCCAAGCGCCUGGUCUCCAAGACCGGCAUGGAGAAUAUAGCUCUCAUAUCGAAUGUGCCAUUCGAGAAGAUUCGGUUGCUGAAUGAUACUUUUCAUACUUUGAUCAACUUACGUUGGCGUUGGAUCGUCAUCGGCACGAUAGUGGUCCACUUCGCGAUCUGGCUGGUCUUCGCAGUCUUCUGGUACAUCACGGCCCUGGCUCACUACGACUUCGAACCUGACCCGCCUAAAAAGACCUGUGUGACUGGUGGCAAGGAUUUCGUAACGAUAUUCUUGGCUUCUGUUGAAGCACAGACUACGAUUGGUUUCGGGGACCGUGCGAUAGACGAAGAAUGUCCAGAAUCUAUAUUCCUCUUCAUUAUGCAGUUGAUCCUGGGCACUGGUUUAUCGGGAGUCUUGACUUGUGUUGUGUAUGCCAAGCUAACUAGACCUGAAAAACUAUCCAGAGAUGGCGUUGGCUUCAGCAAAAAGGCUGUGAUCAGCAUGCGUGACGGCCGCCUCUGCCUGAUGAUGAGAGCCUGGGACCUCAACUAUGAUCACAUCAUCAGCUCAGAGUUUACUGCACACUUUGUCAACACCUACAGAACGAAGGAAGGCGAGGUGAUUCGAUACUACGCGCGCUGUCUCACGCUACAGCAGCGACAGUUCCUGCUGUGGCCGGUGACACUGGUCCAUGUAAUCGAUGAGACCAGCCCUCUGUUCGGGUAUACACCAGAGCUGAUUGCACAUAAUAGCUACGAGAUUACAGUGAGUCUGAAAGGUGCCUCAGCAUCAAUGGGAACAUUUACUCAGAGCCAGACAUCCUAUCUCCCUAAGGAGGUCGCAUGGGGCUUCAGGUUCCCUCCUGUUGUGAAAGUUUGCAGGUACGACAGUCACAAGCAGAAGUAUGUCAUCGAUCAUAAGAAGCUCGACCUUCUGGAGCCCGUCGACACUCCGUACUCUUGCGCCAGGGAUAUCUAUCGAAAUUCUACACCGAUAAAGGAGCCACCUCCCACCCCUGGAACUCCAAGCAACUUCAGCGAGAAGGUGUCCAGCUUCCAGCUAGCGCGCUCCUCGUCCUUCAGGCAGAGUGCAAAUAAUAAGAGUUAAGAGUUCCCUAACUCAUUCAUCGAAUAAGAUCAUUCUUCUUUUUCUUUUUAAGUUUGGAUUCAUAGUCAUAAUAUCUCGGCGCAUUCACACCGUUUUCGGUUUGCCGCCGGCUUUCAGACCGCCUUGCUGCUGAAUUUGCAGACGCGGUUACGACUUUUGUAAUAGUGCUGUGACUUUCACCGAAGUUAUUUUCUAUUAAUAAAAGUACUGCACCAUCUACUCAGAAUAAUUCUGUUAUUUAUAAGAAAUUAUGUUAUAUAUUAUGAAUACCAAUAACGAUAGCACUAUCACUCUGUAUCGAAUUGCGGCUUCAGCAAACUGCCGUCGGCAAUCAAAAGCCGCGCGAACUGCCAGUAAAAAAUACAUGUGCGGCCAGCAUUAGUUAUAUUUCCUUUUUCCAUUCUUCACAAACUCUUUCUUUCUCAUUGAUACCAUAAUUCACAAAAGCUAUCGUUCUUUUUUUGGUCGUCUUUACAUUUUACCGAGAUUAUUAAUUUUAAGAGACUACAAAAUAAAUAAGAAUACGAAACUAGGUCUUGUUCAGCACGUGAUACGAAUUAGUCGUAAGAGUAAAUGCAGAGAAGUUAAAUAAAAUUUUUGUAUGUACGACGAAAAAGCAAUAAUCUAAUGUAUGUACCUAUCCUAUGAGUAUUGUCAACGAUUGCCAAUAAGUUAUAAUAUAGUAAAAAUAAGUGUCCAAAGUUGUAAUCUUAUGAUAGCGUCGUUUUAAGGAAUAUAUUGAUUGUAUCUAUGUCGAAUCAAAGUUUAUAAAAUAUAUUUUUAUGAA